UAGUCCGUUAAGAAACUAAUGUAAUCAUUAAUACAUAUAAUUUAUUAUUAACAACAAUAUGGUAUGUUUAAAAGCUCUAAACAUGGUGUAAGACUUCUUUCGGAUAUUUCCGGUUGGAAACUCUUAAAAGCUAUACAUUUUAAUUGUCAUUCGGUAUAAAUUUUAAACCUGCAUAUAUAUUUCGGACAUGAAAGUGGUUCUUAAAAUAUCCAAAAGUGCUUAGAAUCCUGAAAUUAUCGGAUAAAAUCGAACCGGUUAUCAUCGAUAGGGAAAAAACCGUUUUCAAACUCAUAUUUGUAGGAUUUACGCUUUAUUGGAAAAUAGCUUUUUCUAACCAAAAAUUUUAACCGGCUCGAAACCUUGAGCCAGCUUCAUAUAAAAUAACUACUCAACUCGUUUUUCGAGAACAUAUUCGUACUCGCUAUUAACGUUAACGGUGACAAUGAAAAUGCUUUUUAUAAACGACGGCUGCGCUUGCGCAAACAAAGCGUACACAUGGCAAAGCUAGCGCCGGGGGUGGAAGAGUGAUGAAGGUAACUGCUAGAAGAAAAUGCUUGCGUACAAAAACUACCCUCUGUCGCACGAGUCAUUGACAUACAAUAGCAAAAACAUAUUAUAUUUACUAUGUGAAUACAUACAAAGUUAUUAAGAAUUUUUUUUCACUGUAGUAAACAUGUACAUAUGCAUGGAUGUAGCUAUGUGUAAUGUUGUGUUGGUAGACACCAAGAGUCGAUCCUAGCUGGUGCCACUGGCGGUGCUCGUCAACUAACUGCUGGCAGGCAAGCAGCCGUUGCAGGAGCAGAUGUUUCCAAUUGAGGCGAAUAUGCGCGCGCCAAAGCAAAUGCCACUGCAUUGUCCAAAAGACUUUGUUGGUGUGCGCGAGUACACAAAUGUUUGUAUGUACUUUUGAUAAUCGGCGGUUCGACUCUGUCUCGCAGUGUUAUUUAGCGCAAUUAUUAUUACACUGAGGGCACACACACACAAACCACCACACCACCGGCACUAAGUAUUAUGGCACGAUCUAUAGAGGGGGAGCUGUGCGCCGUCGUCGUCAAUUCAUCCACACAUGAGUGGUUGUAUACACACACACACACACACACACAUACACAAAUUUCAGUAGUCCGACAGAACCCAAACGGGGUUGCAAUUCGUAGCUUCUACAUUUGGCAGUUGGUCUUCUGACUUUAACGACAGUCUUCAGACUUCAGCAGUUGUGUAGAAGAAGUCGUCGCGUGUGGAAGCAAAAAAAUUUCGGAAAAGCAUUUUGAAACAUUUCAAAAUUGAGAGAAGUGUUGAUAGUUUCUAUAAAGUGAGAGUUAGUAUGGUUCUACGAUAAAUAUGAAUUAUUAUUAAAAAUCCAUCGAGAAGUUCAUUAUUUCAAGUGUGCAAAAACGAUUAAUUAGAAGAAGUAUCUAUAAUUUCCGUUACUAAAACCACCGAAGAAGAUCUAAAAUUCGACGAAUAAAGACAAAUUUAAACGCUGUAAACUUAUAAAUCUAGCGAAAUGUCGCAACACAACUACACGAAUCCGGCAUUUUGUCAAGGCAGUGAAUUCUACCCUACAAGCGGCAUUGAAUUGGACUCGGUGCAACAACCCGUCGAAGCGAUCUACAAUCGGAGCUUGAAUAUGUCUUAUGGCGGACAUUCGGCGCAGAUAAAUGCACGCGUUGGUCCCCUACGUCUUCAACGAAGCAUGUCGACGCGUUCGGUCAACACGCAAAAACGCCAGAAAACAACAAAUCUACCUGAAGUGCACUCAAGACGUCCACCGAAACCGCACCAAUAUCAACUACAACAACAGCAGCAGCUACAGCUACGCCAGAACCAACAUAUUCCACAACAACAUUUCAUAAAAAGCCAAGCUUCUACAACGCCUACGCGUACAAACAACUUUAAUGCCGUUACCGAGCCAACGAAUUUCGAAACGCGUUCGAAUUCCGGCCGUUACGCGCUUGUGCCGUUGGAGGAUUUGCCUUCGGCCGUAAAUAAUAAUAAUAAUAGCCGUUACGCAAUUGUGCCAGGUCCAACCGCGCCUCUAACAACGCUACAUCGUUAUGCGAAAUCUCAGGAUAACCUUGAUUGUUAUUGUUCUGAAGGGCGCUUAAAUAGUGACGAUGAACCCGCCUCAUUUCACGAGGAGCCCAACUCAUUUCAUGGUCAAGCGUCUGAGGCGGCUUUCACGAGUCUACCACCAGUCUUUGAGCGUGGCAGAGCAGCACAUUCAAUUGCGAAGCAGCCACAACCGUUGGCGCCGAAGAUUAAGCAUGGUUUCUCAAGCGAUUUCGGUAGUAAAACCUUUUUAAUUGUGGAUAAGAAUAGCAAUCAACGCUAUCAAAUGGUGCCCACUGCGGAGAAUGAAGAAUUGGUCGAUGACAAUCAGGAGAUCAUACAAAUGCACAAUGGUCGUGCGCAUCGCUAUGCGGUCAUACCUACCGAAGAGGAAGAGGAAAACAUGCUCACCGCAGAGGAUGAGGAGGAAGAGACGUGUCUGAGCAAUCCCGAUUUAAAUCACAGCGAGAACUUCUUUAUUGGCAAUACCAUAAAAACACCGAGAAAUGCAACGCUACGCACAUCAACACCACAGAAACUGCCAGCCACGACGCACGCACCCAGUGGCAAUACCUCCUACCCUGGUACGCCCAUGAAAAAUCCCGCGGCUACUAAAAUGUUGCACGAAUUACUCUCGACACCACGCAAAACCCCACUUCCUCGUAGCUUAACACCACGCAAUUUGUCGCCCAUGGAACGCUUGCCGGAGAACCAACAACAAGAGCAACAGCGUACCAAAUACCUUUAUCGCAGCCAACAACAAUUGUAUUGCACGCCUAGUGAACGUCGCGUUGAACGCACCGCUCAGAGUUUACACUACGAAUCUGUGAAGACGCAAGGUGAUCGCACAAUGGCGGUCAUAACACCACGCAUAACCGCGCAUCAAUCGAAGAUUUAUCCUGAAGUGGAGGAGGAGGACUGCAGUAGCAUACACGGCAAGUCCACCAACACCACUAUGCCCUAUCAGCAAAAGGUGGCCAAUGCGUCAAUCACACUAGCCAUAGUCUCGCUUAUGAUGGUGAUCAGCAACAGCAUGAAUUCGGCGCUUAUUAUCUACAUGAUUGCCCAUUUUGGAAAGUCAUUCUAUUUACAAUACAGCUUGGUAUCCGCCUUUAGUGGCGUCGGUCUUGGCUUUCUAGGGUUUCGGUCACGACAUUGCGAGUGGUUACCGAAUCGCAGCUACAUUUCCGGUUAUAUAUUGUUAACGGUAUUCAGUUUGCUUAAAUGUUGUUGUCUUGUGGUUAUUCUCGUGCUGGAUCCUUACCCUGGACUGCCGCUGCACGAUGUUACCACAGGCGUUAUACUGGGUCUCUCCACAUUCACGAUUUUCUUCAUCGGCCUAGGCGUAAUCGGCUCACUUUGGUGUUACCGACCUCCACCAGAUAAUCGCGUUAAUGUGGCUUAGGUUUUUGUAUGCAAAUUCAUAACAAAAUAUUUUUUUUUUUAAUUUUUUAUCACUUAAGUACUUAUUUAUCUUUUAUUAUUUAUUUAUUUAAUUUAAUCUGUAUUUUUAGUUAUUUGUUAUUUAUUAAGUUUAGUUCACAAAUGUAAUACAAAAAUUAUAUUCACGGCUAAAAUACCAAAAAUAAGUAGAACAAGUUGUUCAUCAAUUUACACUGUUCGAAAAAAGACUGUAAAUAACUACAUAUCUUUUGAAAUAUACAGAAGAAAGAGGCACACACAAUCCAGUUUUAGUUCAUAAGUUAUGCAGAUAUUCAUAUAUACAUAAAUGGUUGUACUGUUAUAUGGUUGUCAUAGUGUUAGUUUUAUAGUGAUUGUAUAGAAGUUAAAUUUUUUGAUCAUCUCUGAUAUAGGAAGCAUUUAAUUAGUAGACAUUGUAAAAACUAAGACACAAGUUCAAAAAUGUACUUAUAUAUUUAUAUUUAUCAUUAGUUUUCGAAUAUAUGUAAGUAGUUUAAGUGCAUAUGGUGCAUUUUAUAGCAUCGCAGUCAUUUGUAAUAAAUGUAAAUCUAUAAAAAAAAAAAGAAUAAUAAAGAUUUUCGAAAUCAAAA